ACAGUGCAUGGCGAUCAAUGCAUUAAUAGAAGUGUAUCAUUUAAAUCCGGAAAUGAGCAGUGAGAUGCGGAAAUAAGAUUAAAGAUGCUAACCUUUUAUGUAAAUGCACUUGAUUUGUGAUAGAAGAUCAACCCAGAUUUUACAAGCACCAAUACCUAGGAAGAAAUUUAGAUAAUUUAGAAAUGAUUCGGUUCUGGGACGAAUACAAUAUGAAACUUUUCUUCUGACAGGCAAUGCAAGAACUAAAGACAUGAAACUCUGCUGGUAUCUACACAAACUUCUAACGGUCUGUAGUAUCACGUGGUCUGUCACAUCAAACUUGGAAACCGGAUAUGCCAGAUUACGAUACGGAUAUAGGUUAAGGAAGCGAAUUAUAUUAUCUUUAUUGAACUACAGCCUUCUGGACUGCGUGGAGGAAUGCCUCAGGACCACGAGAUGUCAAUCAUUCAACUACCAUCGCGGAACACUUGUCUGCCAGAUCAACUAUGAAAAUGAACCUGCUGCACAAACUGUGUAUGAAAAGACACUUGGAUGGAUUUAUAGCGAUAUAAAGGAUUGGAGCAGGGAUUUAGCGGGUUCGUGCUCAGUAUCCAAGUGCGCCAUCAACGAGAAAUGUGUUCACCAACCAUUCGGAAAAUUCAAGUGCAUAUUGUCUGAUUGUGGCAUCCCCUACAACAGCACAAUGACGGCGGAUGAUGUAAGGGACUGGGAUGGUAUUGGGAUUGCAUUGUCGUUACAUCUCAAAUGUACUGAGGACUAUCAGCAGAGGGGGUCCGGACGAUUUGUUUGUCAAGCAAACGGAGAGUGGAUAUCAGACCUGUUUUGUGAAGGGAAGCGAUUGGGCUGCUUUGAAGACAUACCUAAUCGUGUGCUUGAAUCGGGGCCCCAUGUUCAAAAUCACAAUGGACGAAAUUAUUGCAAGAUGUUUUGUUCUACAAAAGGUGAAUUCAGAUUCUAUGGAUUAGAAAAUGGAAAUGAAUGUUUUUGUGGCAGUGAGAUCAAAUACAAAAGUCUUCGCGAUGACAACGAGUGCAAUAAGGACUGUCGACAAAAUGACGGGGAAACUUGUGGGGGAUCGUGGAGAAUUGAACUCUUCACAAUGUAAAUGAAUAUGCAGAUAGCUUAUCAUUUUCCAAGGGAGAUAUGAAGGAGUAAAACACACUUAUUUAUAGAUGUAAUUUAUAGAUGUGACCUUGUAUCAAAACACAAUUCCAUUUUCUCAAUUUAUAUCACAUGUACAUUAUGGUAUAGAAACAUUUUAACAUGGUGGCGGACACACAAUAAACUUAAAGGUACUGGAAUAAUAGUAUUUUCAGAAUUUGUGGAACUACAUUAUUGGCAUGUAUGUAUGUACAUAAUUCGUAUGUAUAUCUCUAUAUAAAUGGUGUAUAAAUACAAUA